CGCGCCACUCACGACUGCAGUGCGCGCGUAUGCUUCGGAUGCGUCUCCACAGCGGAUUUGGGCUGAGCCGGGCCCCUCUCUCUCAGCGCUCGCAGAUCAUGAUGUUGAUCUGCAGUCAUUGACCUGGUCAAACUUAGAUGUAGGCUAUUCACGUUGACCGCACCCAUCAUCUGCUUUGCAAGUCCCCAACGACAGCAAAAUCCUCAGCAACAACGCUUUCCUAUAGCUUCGAUAGGACACUAUUCGACUCUGCUACGCACGUACUUUGCACUCACAACGGGCCUCCGCCGCUGCACCUGCUCGCCACCGAGUCGCCGUCGGAAUAGCCCAUCGGGCAUCAAUCUUGAGCACGUCUGAUCCGCUUUUCCUCUCAAUCUCGACGCAAAUACAAGAUGACCUCGAUGGCCUCGCCGGACAUACCCACGCUCAAGAUAUUGCUCAUCGGAGCAUCCAGCGUAGGCAAGUCGUCCUUGCUCCUACGAUUCACAGACGACGAGUUUUUGGGUCCGGAAGAGAGCAGCGCUACGAUUGGCGUGGAUUACAAGAUCAAGGCCAUCACUGUUUCGGGCAAGAGAUACAAGCUGAGCAUUUGGGAUACAGCGGGCCAGGAGAGGUUCAGGACGCUCACUAGCAGCUAUUAUAGGGGCGCUCAUGGGGUCAUCAUCGCCUACGAUGUCACGCAGAGAUCUUCUUUCGACGCAUUGCCUACUUGGUUCUCGGAACUCGAGACUUUCAGCUCCAGUCCCGAAGUCGUCAAGAUCGUGGUGGGCAACAAAGUUGACAAGGAUUUCUCGCGAGUCGUGACGACCGAAGAAGGCAAGGCGUUCGCAGACAAGAUGGGUGCGCUCUUUGUUGAGUGCAGUGCCAAACGUGGUUCAGGUGUUAGCGGAGCUUUCGAUGAGCUGGUCAACAGGAUCGUUUCCACACCCUCACUCUGGGCUGCAGGGACGGGUCGAAGACCCGGCGAUCGUAUACCCGGAGGCGCGCCUGCUGGCAGCGCCUCGGAUACGAGGGGCAACAUCAGUCUGUCAGAUCCUGGAGGAGUCGUGGGGUAUGGUCUCGGUGUGGCGCGAGACAGGUGCAGUUGCUAGGCGAUCAACUAUAAUCUUGGGGUCCUGAAGUGAGGCGUCCAUUGCGCAUCUGUGUGCAAUGCAGCGAGCGCCCGGCGAUUUGCGCAAGCUUGGCACAAUUUUGCCCUGGAUCACUCUAGUCCCGCAGUCCCACCUCGGCACGCCAGCCGAUCUGAGCCCUCGAGCCUACUUAGCCUCAAUCUUUGUUGCAAACGCUGUCUCUCUCGGGCAUACGAGCGCAUAGACCCGGAGCCGUUCGCGCCCUUCAACACGCACACUCUCUCAAGCAUCUUCGUUUUGCUUACGUACCCGCUCCCACUCUCGACACACACUGUACAAUACAUAUAUGAGCCUGUCUAUGCGCUGCCUUCAAGCUCCGACAUGGCUGCUCUAUCCCGGAAAGCAAAGGCGCAAGGCCAGACCUGGGUCCUCGGAUCGCGAUUUUUGGGUGUUGAUUUGGAACGGUCUAUUCGCGAGUGCAAAGAAGUACAACUGCAGAGCAG